AUGUUGCGCGAGAUUGUGCCCUUGGCAAUGACCCCAGGAGACGAAUGCAAACAUUUUGAUGCCAGUCACCGUAACAUCUGUAAAGGAGCAUUUAGUGAGAAGCAGAAAGUGCGAGACCAUGACCACAUGUCAAAGAUGAGACUCCACGAUACUGCUGCGUUCAGGAGGUAUGUGCGCAUGUCUCCUGAACAAUUCGACUAUCUGCUGAGCCUCGUCAAGCACAGACUGGAGAAGCACCCCCAGGGUCGUCGAGCUUUGGAACCUGCACACAGACUGGCCAUCACACUGAGGCAAGAAGAAUGUCUUUCCUUACAAAUAUUGAUUAUUAUAUAUUUCUUGCAUCUGUGGGCAUUUGUUUGGGAUGCUGACAUAAUCAGCAUUGUGGACUCAUGCAGGUACCUGGCGUCCGGCAGUUACCUCAGCAGUGUUGCAUACAGCUUCCGGAUUGGCUUCACGACAAUCAAAAGGAUUGUGUAUGAGACAUGCACGGCGCUGUGGGAAGAGCUGAUGCCAAUCUACCUUCCCAACCCGUCACCAGAUGUGUGGGCCCAGUCAGCGAAGCAGUUUGAGGAAAGAUGGUCCUUCCCAAACUGCAUUGGGGCUGUGGACGGCAAACAUAUCAUCAUUGAAGCCCCACACCGUGCAGGGUCCAUGUUUUACAACUACAAGGGCUCCCACUCCAUCGUCCUAAUGGCCGUAGCCGAUGCAAAGUACAAGUUUUUGUAUGCGGACAUCGGGGCAUAUGGGUCCCAGUCUGACGGCGGGGUUUUUAAAUCCUGCUCGUUGGGCAAAGACCUCGAAGCUGGUCGCCUCGGACUCCCAGCAGCAAGGAGGCUUCCUGGUUCGUCCUUGGAGGCCCCUUACGUUUUUGUGGGAGACGAGGCCUUUCAGCUGCGCCCUGACUUCUUGCGGCCCUUUCCAGGUGCCGACCUCGAUGACACCAAGCGUGUGUACAACAUACGGCUGUCACAUGCUAGGCGGUGUGUAGAGAAUGCUUUUGGCAUCCUCGCAUCACGGUGGCGGAUAUUCAGGCGACCCAUCAAUGUGAAGGUGGAAAACGUGGACCUUCUGGUGCAAGCCUGUGUUGUUCUGCACAACUUUCUCAGGGUUCAGGAGGAGACAGCACCAGGCAGGGAAGCGUACUGUCCACCAGGGUUCGCAGACCGCAACAUUGAUGCCAGUGAUGCCGAGGAUGGCCAGUGGAGGAACCUGCUUGCCAGGAAUCCUGCAAAUGCCCUGGAGGACCUCAGACCGACGCUUGCAAGGCGUUUCUCACGUGAGGCAGCAAGUGUGAGAAACGUUUUUGCCGACUACUUCGUGAGCGCCGAAGGUGCAGUUUCCUGGCAGUGGGCGAAGGCUGGUGUCAAGGAGCCACUCUAGGAAGGUCUGCAGAUGCAUUCACCUGCAAGAGUGUAACCCGGCACAGGUGCUGCAAAGCUCGUGGAACCUCCCUCAGCAGGGCACUCACAAGACCCCCAAAGUGUUCAUGGGCAUCUACAGCGGCUUGCAGCUCUACAGUUGAGCAAUGCAACUCGGCCGUCAGAGCCCGGAGAGCUUCAGCGAUGUUGCUGUCGUCUGUCUGAGACACUCGCCUUCUCUUUCGUGGCCUGUGCGCUGCACUUGCUGAAGCAAGAGGCACGUCUUCUUCCUCCUCUUCCACCAUGCCUUCUUCACCUGUGACUAUGGAUGGCACAGAACUACCAGCCCUGGAUGGCACAGCACUGCCUGCCCUGGAUGGCCCAGCACAGAAAUAAUCAUGUUCUGCAAUGCUCAUGUCCUCAUUUGCAGCGACGUCCACCUAAGGCAUGAAAGAAGUGCAUUCAGUUUAGUGCUCUGUGACUUUUGCUGUCAACGUAUAUGGUCAUCAUGAAUAAUUCCACAAAGUUCUCAAAAAUUCUCGAAACCUUCAUUGUGUAUAAGAUUUUGAACAAAUGCUAGAACAUCUGACAUGUGCAGUAUUACGUUUCCUAGUGCUUCCACAUUUUCCACUUUCAUACAUGUAACUGGAGCCUGGAGUUUUAGGGUUUCACCGGAUUCUUCCCCGAAUUUGCACCUCGAAUUGAAGUUUGAGUCCUUCGGAUGAAACCCAAUUUUUGCCCGGCAGAUUCCCCUCACUGGGACAUCUGUAGGAAUGCACUAACUUACCUGUGCGUGUUUUGCAGCAAAUGCAGUUACAUCCCCAAACUACAACCAAACCACUACAGUUAGUAAUAAAGUAACUGAGCCCGAUUUCGCCCCGAAUUUAGCAUAGUAGAAGUUUUCUCACCCAAAUUCACAGGAAUUUUGUGCACAUGAUUAUUUACGUGACUUUUACCCCCGAAAUUUAGAGAAAAAUAUUUUUUGAAAACUUCAGGCUCUAUAUAUCGAUCAUACUCUAGUCGAGUUGUUCUGUCAUACAUUCUUUUGAGGGUAACUUUACAAGUACUUUAACUUUAAAGUUCAGCGUACAGCAUCUUAAAGUACUUUUGAGCUGUAAGUUGUACUUAUUUUUCAAAUGAACUUCCGGGAUAUUCACAUUCAUUUACUUUUUGGGGGGGAUGUAGGAAGGUUAUGAUCUGUUUCGUUUGAUUAGAUGCCACUUACAUAUGCAAGAUGCAAGGUAUUUCGUGCUACCCUGGCUCCUCUGCAGUAAAGGCAUGUCUUGCAGGAGCGGAGGGUGCUUUAAGUUCUUAGUAGUACAAGGAGCAGUGUGUUUGCCUGAAUGGCAGGUUUGUGAAUGCUGAGGGUUUGUAGAAGCUAGGGAAGAUAUCAAAGGGAGUCCUGAGGGACUAUUCAUAUGCACACUCUGACUGUAUCAAUUUACCCAUCAUUCUAACAAAAUUUUCAUGGAUUAUAAUAUCUUAAACGUAAUGAGUUACUUUGUACUCUGAAAGUGUAGAAAAAGACGUGAAAGAACAAUUCAAGUUGUGGAGAAGAUUGUACUUUGAAAUGCAAAGAGGACAGUUAGAAACAUCUAUCAACUCAUUAAUUGCAAGACUUCCUUGCAUAAAACAAAGUUCUUGUAAUUAAUACAUAGGGGUUUUUGUGUUGAAUUAUUUAGCAUUCUGCUCAAAUGUGUCUCGAUUAUUUUAGUAGGUUGGGUAUUUAGAAUUUUACUCUGUUACAUGUUAACUAGGGCUGAAUAAUAUGAUUUACAUACUUCUUUGGUAACCUGUACAAGCAUACCACCUUAUUUAGCGUUACCUGAACUUCCGGCUCCAUGUGUGCAAGGUCUUCAAUGGUCGCUGCACGUUGUUCUUGGGGACGGUUGCAUAUUGUCCUAUGACAAGACAGUGCAUUUUAUAUGUUAUAUGCAUUCAACAUUUUAUAUAUUACCGUUAAUGGGGAUGGGACCUAUGUCAAUGAUGCAUUGACAGUGGUACAUAAGACAGUGACAUUUACCUUCUUGGGGCGACGACAUCCCUGAGGAAAAGGAGAGCGCUGUAGAAUUUCCACUUGUGGGCUUCUCCACUCUGCUCUGCCUCAAGGAUGUCAUCAAGUCCUGCACCACUAGCUGCAGCUUUUUUGGAAGUUGUAUAGCUCCUCCUGAAGCUGUCGUACAGCUUCUUCCAUGAUUUUUUGCACAUGUCCACUGUAGAUAUGAUACAAGUGCAUCCAUUAGAGUACUCCAUAAUGUAUGAUAUGUUUUAAAUGUAGUCUAUCUACUGAACAAUUUUAUUUGUGUGUGUUAGCAUAAUAAGCAAAGAUGAUGUUAUUGUAGUGUUCUCACAGUUCUGACUGCCUGAACAUGUGUGCGUGUGUUUUAUCCAUACGUUCAGAAGGCUCAAGAAAUUGCACAUGGAAUUGAAAGCAUUUUGACAAGUACAUGCAUGAUGUAUUGUUUUUUAUGUUUACACUGGCAUUUUAAAUGGAUGCCUCCCAUACGAAUAAGUAGCAGUGGUAGUUCCAUCUACUAGUGUUUGGUAGUAAUUUGUAAGUGUGGCUAGUAACUUUUUUGUAAAAAUGUCUUGUAACUGUAACCAGCUGUCACCUUUGUUUAAAGUGACUUCAAAGUGUAACUACCAAGUUAUUCAGUUACUGCAAUGUUUUUCAUAUAUCCUUGCCAAGCAUUGUUUUCUCGAGGCUUCAAUUUGGUACACUACCAUUUUUCCUUCAAGCAGGAAUUACACAAAUUCUGUAGUCUCACAUGCAGUCAGGAUGGCCUUAGAUGAACUCCCCGCUGUGCUGUUAGGAUCCAUGAGAUAUCCUUCGUUUUUAUAAAAUGGCAUAACUGUGCUAGGACACUACAAGUGAAACAAAACAAAAACAAAAAGACAUCAAAUUACACUUAUUGGGCUUUAAGUAGUAGCCUGUAAAGUAACAGAUAGAGCUGCUAGUUAUACUACAAAAGAGUAAAUGAAACACUAAGAUGUUGUACAUUUGUAAACAUUAACUAGCUGCAACCUACAUUUUGUAUGCUUAUACCCAUGGUUACAACACAUUAUAAUCAUUGCUGCUGUGUGGACAGUUCAAUAAAUGCCAAGAGUUUUGCUUUAGAACAUUCCCAAUACAUCUGGCAAAAGUACAAAAAAGAAAGGGGACAAAGCACUGACCUGCAAAGCUUCAUGUCAGUCUGUUGCCCCUUAUUUGUGCACUCACAUUCAUAUGUUAUUUUGUGUUUAAGCGAGCAAAAAAUGUAUUUUGGAACUUCUCCUAGCCUAGGGCAAGCAAGUACGUGCUCCACACCAUAUGGUUGUGCACUCAAAAUUUGAUGUGCAGACUUAGCAUGUGAAGUGCCUAAUCUUGUGAGCACUCUUUUCUGUACUACCCAUGAUGGCCCAUGAAAUAAUGAAAGGCAUACCCUUUAGAGCAUGUGCUGACACAGCUUUGAGUAGUGAAGCCGAUCUGACAUUUACAAUGAUAGUUUAAUGUAGUGAAGGCGUUCAUGUGAAAGGGACCUUUCUUGUCCGCUAGCAAUGUAAUACUAACAUGAUUUUUUACAGGCGUAAUACAGUCAAACUCCUUCAUAGCGAACACCUUUUUAACGAAAAUACCACUACAGCAAAUUUUUUUUUGCGGUCCCGCCGGAGCCUAUAGGUCCAAUAAGAGACAUCCUUUUUAACGAAAAAACCUUUACUGCAAAUUUUUUUGCUGUCCCCUGAGUUUCGUUGUAAAGGAGUUUGACUGUACACACUUGAAACAUUUUGCUAUGUAAUGUUUCUUUUUGUACAUUUUCAACACAGUGGCAGCCUUUGCACUCUUUCUAACAGAAAUUCAUAGUCUGAUCGCAUUGUCAUUCAGCCUACCAGCUAUUCAAGAAAUUUUGUGUUGACGCAAACAAAACCAAACUUGGAUUAGUCUCUGGUUAAAAAAUAUAUACAUAUCAUUUUCUUUUGACAGUUGUGUCUCAACAACUUAGAGCUUACAGCCUAAAUUCCUUAGUUACGGGAAGAAAACCCCCUGACAUUCUCCAAAACCUCAUGUGUAGGCUACAGACACCAACCAAAGGAACUUUUAUACGCAUCUGCUUGUUCCAUGGUUGUCAAAUAACAAUCGAGAGUAUAUCAAUAUCCAAAGCACAGCAGCUUUAUAUGACACACAUUAGAGAAAUUUGCUGUAAUAGGAAACCUUCUACGAUUAAGUUCAUCCUUGUAUGGUUGCAAUCCUCCACCUGCACUUUCUAUUUUCUUUUACAGUGUGCAAGGAUCCCUUGUGCAUAUCAUCUUCUUACAUAUUGGCCGUUGUGUGGAAUGAACCAAUUUCAAUACUUUGAAAUGAAUGUCUGCAUCAUUAUUGUUUUUGUGAGGAUCAUUACUCAUGUUGUCACAUGUAGACGUAUCUGAUAUAUGGCCAGUGACUACACCAUGCUAGCAGGGUCUCUCUUGAGGUAGAAGGCUUCAAGUGCAUGAGGAACAGAAAACCAACUUUUUUUUAAAGCUGCAAAACACGUAAUACACUUUCACUGUUCUUAAGCAGUAAGAGUACUCAGGAAGGAAGAGCAAGGCAAAUUCUACAGCUUGCCAAAUCUUUUUAAGACCCUUGCUAUAAGUGUUGCUUUCAAGUUGCUCUGCAAUAAAGUGUUUCUUACCUGUCAUCUCUGGAUGGUUCAUCGCUUCCUGGACUUCAAGCCAUAACCUGGAAACUUCAUGUCGAUCCUUGUAUCUACUAUCCCAUUUGUUCCAGAGAGGG